AUGAAUAGCGUAACGGGCGCGACCUUAGAAAAUCGGCAAGUGCGACCAAGUUGGCUUCUAAAGUUGAUACUGUUUUCAAUAGUAGUUUGGAACAAUAGGGAAUGGCUAGAAACCCUCACGAUAAUUCGAGAGGUUCCAGUAACCCAAUUUCUUCUCUGUUUAACUCAAAAAAAUCGGAAGGGGUCUCUCUUCUUCCUUCGACCAGAAGAAAGCAUAUAUAAGGCAUAUACGAAUUUCACCAAACCACAGUCGUUAAUCAGUCAGUGGUGGCUUCUAGUGGUGUUAAAAAUGGCAUUUGUUAAGAUUUCUUUGUUGUGCUUUUGCAUCGGUUUGACAUCCGCAUACGCCAGAAUUGUAUAUCAACAACCUCAACAUCACCAAGCUCAACAUCACCAACCUGAAUACCACCAACCUCAACUGUUGCAGCAGAGGAAGCAAGUGCAUUUGCAGCAUCAACAAGCCGAAGAAAACAAUCAGGUUCAGUAUGUUGAAACUCCCGCUCACGAGCCCAUUUACGAACACGUCCAAGAGGAAGAGGCACAUCAGGAACCAAGAGGUUAUGUUUUGGAGGAGGAGGUCAAACCUAGUCAUAGCCACCACGUAGAUUACUAUGCUCCACCAAAAUACUCCUUCAAAUACGGCGUAAGCGACUACCACACCGGCGACAUCAAGAGCCAACACGAGACCAGAGAUGGUGACGUAGUCAAAGGACAAUACUCAGUCGUGGAACCCGAUGGUUCCGUGCGUACCGUAGAAUAUACCGCUGACGAGCACAACGGGUUCAACGCGGUGGUACACAAAACAGCACCGACCAAACAAAUAGAACAACACGAACACGAACCGCAAUACGAAGCUGCUCAAGAAGAGCACCCAGUUGUACACGUCGAGGAACACCAACAAGAACCACAACCACAUUAUCACUAGAAAAAAAUUAUGUUUGAAAGUUGAAACACAAAUUUUGUUGCAACGUCAAAAUGUUUUUUAAUUGUUUUUUUAAGUUUUACUUUAUGAAGGAUUGGAAGUUUUAAUAGUUUAUUUUCUUCCCAAAUGCACUUAAAUGGUUCUGGACAAUUUGGUGACCAUUAUAUUUUCAAGUUAUUGCAACAAAGAUUUUUAAUUUCGUAAUUUACAGACAAAGUUAAUUUUAAAGCAAAUAGGUACAACUGAACAAUAGACAGGGCAUUUAUUUAACAUUACUAUGGUUUUAACUUUAUGUAUUUAUAUAUCAUUGAUAAAUAGUGGUAAUUAUUCCUAAUGUGUAAUAUUUCAGUAUUAUAAUGAUGUUUAACUAGUCUGUAUUUCUGCUUGCACA